AUGACAAAGGAGGAGACCUGGGAUCUGUUGGACCAUUGGUACAACCAGAAAAACAAUAUAAAUGCCAAAGUUAUCUUCAGGUUCAAAUCUACUCUGCACCCGGUAGCCAAUAAAGGAAAGGGUAAAAGGAAGGGGAAGGCAGCAAUGAAGAGAGUCCUUCCCAGAGUGAGAAUGGUUGCACCAAGAAGCAAUUCCACAGAUGAGGAACAAGAGGAGAUUAAGGGGCCUGAUAAAAUCCUAAGUGAUGAUGAACGCGGUGCUGACGUUCAGAACCAGCCAGGGCCCUCCGAACCAGCUGCAAGGCAACAAACUGUAGCCUUCCAGGAAUCAACAACCAGGAUGGGGUUGGGCAUCAGUUUGGAGGGCCCAGGCCUGGCUCCUUCUAUCUCGGGGCAUCAAUCUGUAGGUGUAGAAGAAGUGGACAAGGACAGUCCCUGGCAUGCUUCUAUUACACACAAGUCUAAAAGGGGGUUCCUCACCGAGUUAUAUACUGAGGAGGAAUACCUGAAGUUGGUGGAUGCAGAGUACCAACUGCCAAAAGACAAGCCCGGGCCCAGCUCCCAGAGUAAUUGCCAGCCAGAGGAUUACUUGGACUACUGGCCAUUAUAA